CUGGAUAUGAUUUCUCAGCCCGGUUCCGAGUCACAGCUCUGCGUCCUUCAGGCUGUGUUAUGACGCUCCUCCUCCUCCCAUCCGUGGACCAAACACGACGUGGAAGAGGUUUGUUUAGGCCUAGCAGUGUGGACCCCAACCCAUAAUCCUCCUGCAGACACACCUGUACAGGAGAGUAUAAAGACCCUGGACUGAACUGACUCAGACAUCCAGCUUCAAGGAGUCUCUCCUCAGCAGCUCUCCACAGAAGCUCCACAGCCUCCAGACCGACCCUGAAGAUGACUCCCUCUGCCAGCCUGCUGCUGCUGCUCCUGCUUGGCCUCUGUCAGGCACAUCCUCUCCAGGAGGAAGGAGGUGCAGAAGAAGAAGUCCCAGACACCAUGGACAUCACCACCAGGAUUCUGACCUCCAACAACGCCACCAACGAGAUCCUGCUGGAAGGAGACCUGCUGGCUCCCAGAACCAGAAACGCCAUGAUGUGCUGGUCCCAGAGCUGCCUGUGGAGCAAAGCUUCCAACGGCUUGGUGAUGAUCCCCUACACCGUGAGCGCUGAGUUCACCAGCUGGGAGAGGCAGAAGAUCGAGUACGCCAUGCAGGCCUACCACAGCAGCACCUGCCUCCGCUUCGUCCCCCGUCAGAACCAGUACGACUACAUCAGCGUGGAGAACAAAGCCGGAUGUUUCUCCUCUCUGGGCAAAGAGGGAGGCAGACAGGUGCUCUCUCUCAACAGGCAGGGCUGCCUCUACCACGGCAUCAUCCAGCACGAGAUCAACCACGCUCUGGGCUUCCAGCACGAGCAGACCAGGAGCGACCGCGACUACUACGUCAGGAUCAACUGGGAGAACAUCGACCCGCAGAUGGCCUACAACUUCUACAAGCAGUCCACCAACAACCUGAACACUCCCUACGACUACUCCUCCAUCAUGCACUACGGAAGAACAGCUUUCUCCAUCCAGUACGGGAGGGACUCCAUCACCCCCAUCCCCGACCCCAACGUCCAGAUCGGCCAGAGGCAGGGCAUGUCCUACUGGGACAUCAUGAGGAUCAACCUGCUGUACGGCUGCUAACAAUAAUGCUGAUG